GCUAUAUCCGGGGAGAGAAUCACAAACGAGAGACCCGUAGGGUUGCUAUCGAUCAAUCCAAGGAAAAAGUCACAGAUCCACACAGACAACAAGAAAGAAAACAGAGAGCGGCCAGGUUUUAAUGCACAAAUCCAUCGGCAAGAACCGUAACCGAAAGACAGUGAGAGAUGUAGAGCCACCGUUGUAUGUGUGCACAGUCAGUCCCACGAACCCACGGCCUUUGCCUCCCAACCCAGUCCGUCGGGCAUAUACGAUACUCAACCGUGCAAGAAAACAGGUGGGUAGAGUUACACCCAGCCCUGUGAAGACACAGGGAGCGGGAAACCGAGACCCAACUCAUGAAACUGGCUACCUAAACUUUCCCUUCAACCAGCGCAUGCGAACAGAGAAUGGGAGGAUCAGACCCCCGUUGCUGACAAGUAUGCAUAUUCAGGCGCAGUAUACAUUGCUUUUCUUUCUAGCUUACCUCGACUACAUACACUACGGGGGACGGGGGAACGAUCCAACAGCUGAUCAUCUCGGAAACAAUUCCUAUGCUUCCUUCUUCUGCCGGGGAAAUCACCCUAUUCUUAGAUCCACAGGAGCAGCAGCGAGUGGUGGAAGAUCCCCCCAACCGUGUCCCCGAAACAGCGAAACCAGCCAGACAGGAAACUGCCGGCCUCAACUGAAAUAACCAGACAGGAUCAAGAACGACAGACAGCUCGAGAAAAUGAAGACACAACGGCCGGAGUUUAUUCCUCGGUGUAUCUCCUCGG